CUGGCGGAAGUUGUCUUGAUUUCCUGUGUUUUCCCCGCGAAAGAAGAUUUUUUGUGUGAAAUGAAGAAACUAUUUUGAUGAUGUAGAAGAAAACCCAUUCCUCCUGUUUUUUCAUCAAGAUGGUGAUGAAAUGGGACAUCAGCAAAAAGUAUGCCUGUCAUGGCCAAGUAAAGCAGAGAGGUAUUACCACUGGGUCAGGGAAGUGGAAGACGGGCAAUGUUUGUGUACAUUUUGUCAACGGCAAGUGGAAACUGGAGGUGUUCUACUGUACAGCCCCGAACAAAUCUGUAACAUCAACCGAGGUGAACAAUACUAAUAUUGAAGGGGUGAUCUGUAAGAACCAACUGGUCAUCACACUGAGGAACAAAACGGAAGCCUCGGCCAUCCAGUUCAGGCCGGAGUCUUCCGCUACCCAGUACACUAAACCGAUGUCAGUAUUGGACCAACUAAUCAAGGACAUUUGUGCUGGGAAAAGUGCACCAGAAUCUCAUCAGAGUCCUUCUGUGGUGUGUGUUACUGGGUGGCAACAGAACGGAACCAAGACACCUUCCAAACAAGGACCGGCUAAAGACUCAAGCUUUACAAGACCUUGUUUUGAUUUCAGUGUGAAGAAAAAGUCAGAAGAGGUAUCACUGUUUGAGGAUACUGAUGAUGAGAACGAAUUCAAAGAAAAUCAAAACAGAGGUCAGGUGUCUAAGGAUAAGAGCCAGAAAUACUUACAGAAUGGGAUGGAAAAAGCCAGAAACCACCUCCAGCAGAUUGAGACUUCCGGCUUCUACAGUAGUUCUUCUGCUACCCCGCGUAGUUAUGGGGCUUACUCAUUGUCAAGUAAUCUGAAGAGAACACCUGGUAUGAUGCCUGACCCGACACCACCAAAACGGCCUCGACUGUCGGACUCCAUAAACUACACCUGGAAUAAAUCUAAUAUCACCACCACCACCACCCCAGGGAGUAAUCAACUACCUACCCAACCCAAAAGUCUACAAGGUUUUUCCAACCUUGGGAACACGUGCUACAUGAACGCCAUUCUGCAGUCACUGUUCUGCCUGGACACCUUCUCCAAUGAUUUACUCUUCUCUAACACUCGAGUGAUGAAGACACUUCAUUCCCAGUCUCUGUACAGUGCACUGUAUAAAUUGCUUCGAUCUCGAAGUAAAACUCUGCCUGAACAUGUAAGACGGGACAUGCUGCGGAACGUGAAGUCCGCGAUAUCUACAACAGCCAAGAGGUUUUCAGGCUACCAACAGCAUGAUGCACACGAGUUCCUUGGACAGGUGUUGGACCAGCUUAAGGAGGAAGUGACCAAGGUUUCUAGCUCGACACCCAGCCCCCACAGGGAGGGAUCUGACGGCGACACUCAGUACACCAACCCAACUGUACAGAACUUUGAGAUGGAGGUCCUUCACUCCAUCACCUGUCUCAAUUGUAGGGAGGUGGUCACCAAGGCAGAGCAGUUCAAUGACUUGUCGGUGGAUAUGCCGAGGCGAAGGAAAAAUGGUGAUCCGUCUUCCAUUCAGAAUGCACUGGAUUUAUUCUUCCGAUCGGAGGCUAUUGAGUACACCUGUGAAAAAUGUGGGAGUAACAAGUCGGAAGUCAGUCACAAAUUUAGUAGGCUGCCAAGGGUACUUGUACUACACCUGAAGAGAUACAACUUUGAUCAGAGUAUCAUCAACACCAAGACAGCACAGAGUAUCAGUAUCACACGCUUCUUGUCCCUGGAGGGGCACUGCGAGGAGAACACUUACCCACCGUACCCAGCCCUGCUCAAUUCUCCCGAACAAUACAAAACACCAGACAAGAGUUUGACUUCAGCCGAGAGCGUGCCACGGCGAUGUCUACAGCUCGGGGAAAGCUUCAGGUUCAAGAAGACCAGGCCAGUAGAGGAGGAUGAGAAAGAGGAUGUCAGCACCAGUACUCCUUACAAAAAGGCAAAGAUCUUUGAUCUGGGGGAGGAUCACAACAUUAAGGCAGAUAUGCCACUGUUGAUAGAAGAUAGACCAGAUGAGGAAGAGGACAAAGAUCUCGCCCGGGCCCUGGAACUGAGUCUUCAGGAAGCUAAUGACCGCACACAGAAUUAUGUGGACGAGACUAAGGAGAGUGAACUACAGAAGGUGCUGGAGAUGAGCAGAGUGGAGAUAGACAAAUCAACUCAGUUUGACCACGAUUAUGGCAAGACCAUUCAGAAUAUGUCGGAGGAGGAACAGAUGAGACUAGCCAUAGAACAGAGUUUAAUGGAAACCAGUCACGUCUCUCGCACAGAUUUCACACAGGAGAUCGAACCGAUCAACACUGAACACACGGACGAAGCAAUAGACGACACACAGGUUGACAAACCGAUCUGCCAAACCACCACAGAUAACAUUGUGUGCAGAACAACCUCAGUCAAAAAACCAACCGAGGAUGCAUCAUCACAAACUGCACAAAGCUGUGUUAAGAAAGAAAAAACUACCCGCACUUCUUUAUCCUCAGGAAAACCUCUACAAAAAUCACCCCUAUGUGUUAGAAAGCUAGGCAAUGGUCAAGAAAACACCAGCAGUGAUUUUCCUGUCAAAGGAAGGGUGUCGGAAGCCAUGUUAGAUGUAAUAGCUGAGGAAAGAGACACAGAAUCUGUUGGACCUGACAGUGAUUUAUCCCUACCUGAAAAACAGAGAGACGAUUCACAAGAAUUCAGUGUCUCUGGUGAUAAGUGCAUAGACCUUACCUCCCCUGAUCCCUGUGUCUCAGACUCCUCGAGUAAAUUUCUCCCUGUGAAUGAGAGAAUUACAACGAAGUCAACAAAAACCUGUCUCUUUGGGAAAGAAGAUCUGUCCAAACCAGACAGUCCUUGGAACGCUUUGGGUGAAAAACGAAUCAGAUCUGAAUUGGAAAAUUCGACUGAGGAUUUAGACGAAAAACAGACAAAAUCAACUAUUGACAAAAUGAGUGAAAAUGUGGCUGAUAUAAACACUGCAAUAGAUUUGGAAUAUCAGUGCACCGAGGUAAAGACGGACGGAAGCAAACCUGACAACAGUCGUUUGUGUGGUGUUCAAGAUGAUGACACGGGUCAUUCAGCUAUCAGUCGGCUGGAUCAGGGCAGUGACAAGCCAGAAGGGGACGCUCAGGUCUCGAACGGUGACCAGGAGUUUGCAAGUCUGCUUUGUGAGGAUGAGGAUGAUUUCCAGUUAAUGUUACUAGAAGAUAAGGAAAAUGCCCUACCUGAGCAUCGACCUGUCCAGACACAAUCGGAGGAGGACACCCAACCUUAUCCCGACCUUCCUGUGGUGGAAAAUGAGAAGGGGGACCUUCCUUACUCGUACAAGCUGGUCAGCAUUGUUAAUCACCAGGGUAGCACUUCAGUCGCAGGGCACUAUGUGACCGAUGUGUAUGAUCUGAAGAAAGGGGCGUGGUUCAGUUGUGACGAUUCUAACGUCACCAAGUCCACAGAGGCGGAGGUGCGCUCGAAGCGGGAAAGAAGCGGCUAUAUUUUUUUCUACCUCAGCAAGGAAAUAUACGAAGACCUUAAAGAUGACUAUGCAGUUAAGAACCGCAAUAGGAAGCAAUAAUUAUUUAAAACCUUGAUAAUUUGUUGUAUAUGAUAAUGUUGUUUAAUGUGAGACAAUAAUGAAGUAAAUAUUCUGUUAGAUUUUUUAUACUA